AUGCUAAGAUGUUUUAACAAAUUUCACUUCAACUGUGCAAGAGAUAUUAACAGCAAACAUCGGGGGAUCAUUAACUGUAUGAAGGGGCUUAUGAAUUAUGCUGGGCAAGCGAACGAAUAUUUUGAAAAAAUAAACGAGGAGUACAAAAAUGCACAACGGCUUAUUCCGUUAAAUGAAAAUGAGACAUUAAAAAUAAGAAAUUUGUUAAUUAAAAUUACAAAUGAAAAAGGGUUACUUAACAAAAUUGCACAGUUGUAUAGCAUUCCUUUAUUUUUUUUAAUGGACAAUGAUGUUCGAAAUAAUUUUUUGAAAUGUCUCAGUGAAGAUACUACUCAUUCCUAUGAGUUAAGAGAGUUGCUUAUGAACGAAUUUAACAGCGAAGGUGGUAAUAAUAAUUAUAAUAACUUCUAUAUUAAAAAUAAUAGUGUUUUAAAAAAUGGAACUGAAAUGGAAAGUUUAGAAUGUAAAAAAGAUGAUAUAAUAAAAAAGGAGGAAAUUCGUUAUGGAAAAAUUUUCACCAUUUUUCAAAAUUUUAUAAAAAAAUACUACUACAAACAAUGGAUUUUUUAUGAACAUGUAAGAAAAAUAUGUGAUUUUACAGAAGUAAAUGAAUUUAUAAAAAAAAGGAAAACAACAAGGAAAUUAUAUUUAUAUGUUGGUCCAACGAAUAGUGGUAAGACAUAUGAAGCUUUUACCAAAUUAAUUCAGUCAAAAAAUGGGUUAUAUUGUGCCCCUUUAAGAUUGCUAGCAUGGGAAAUACACAAAAAAUUAAUAAAAUUAAAUAAAGUUGUAAAUUUAUUAACAGGUCAGGAAAUAGCCAAAAAAAAAGACAAUUCACAUACAGUUUGUACAAUUGAAAUGACUCCUUUAAAUAAAAAUUAUGAUUGUGCAAUUAUUGAUGAAAUUCAAAUGAUUAAUGAUAGCAUCCGAGGAUAUGCUUGGACAAAUGUAUUGAUAAAUUUAAAAUGUGAAAAGAUAUAUUUAUGUGGUAGUGAAUAUAUUGUACACUUAAUUAAAAAUUUAUCUGAUAUAUUAAAUGAUCAAUUAAUUAUAAAACGAUUUAAUCGAUUAACCAAAUUGGAGUUACAGGAGCAUACAGAAAAUUUAGAAAAUCUUAAAACAGGUGAUUGUAUAAUAACAUUUUCAAGAAGCAAUAUUAUGUUAUUAAAAAAAAAGUGUGAACAAUUAAAAAAAAGAGUUUUUAUUAUUUAUGGGUCUUUACCCCCAGAAACUAAGAAGAAACAAAUAGAGUUGUUUAACAAUUAUUGUAACUUAGGUAAAGAAGAUAAGGAAGUAGGAAACAGCUCAAUGGAUACUAGGAUAACUACUUUAAAUGGUAGAAAUAAAGACAUGCUUAAUGAAAAAGAUUAUAGUGAUAAGGAAACUAUUUUAAUUGCUACAGAUGUUAUAGGUAUGGGUCUGAAUAUUAGCAUAAAGAGGAUAUUAUUUUAUUCUUUGAAAAAAUAUGAUGGAGAUAAUUUAAGGUAUUUAAGUAUUUCUGAAAUUUUGCAAAUAUCAGGAAGAGCUGGUAGGUAUGAUGAAAAGUGCACAGAAAAAAUAGUUGGUUAUAUAACUUGUGUGCAUUUAGAGGACCUAAACAUGUUAAGAAAUAUUUUUAAAAAUAGAAAUCUUUGCCAUUUAACUGGGAAUGAACAAGUAGAAAGAAGAAAGAAUAUUUCAACUGUCGAUCGUACCGAAUUUUCAAACGAGAUAAAUGAAGAUUUUAGCCAACCUUACAAAUAUAUUUAUAAUGGCACGUGCACUUAUCUUAGCAGUGUGUUAAACAUAGUGUGUCGUCAAAACAACCACGAGUUAUGUACUUCCUCUGUAACAUCAGUCAGCAACGGGCGUAUGAAACAUGAUGCACCUGCAAAGGUCAGAAUUGAAUCAAACACAAACGAUGAUAAUAGAGAUUAUGCUGCUAAUAAUUACGAUAAUGUUGCUAAUAAUUAUGAUGGUGAUACUAAUUACGAUGGGCGAAGCUUCUUACACAAAAACGAACGUAGCGUACCGUUACGUGCAGGAUAUUUUCCCGAUUUUGGUACUAUCGAAAAUUUAGGAAGAAUAUUAGAAUAUGAACACAAGGCAAACAUACAAUUACAUGAAAUAUUGGAAAUACUAGUUGAUUAUUUAAAGUUAAAUGAUUAUUUUUUUUUAACCAAAAAUUAUAACCAAAUGAUAUUUAUUGCUAAAUUUUUAAAACAUAUAAAUAUGGAAAAACGAAUUUUGUUUAUAUAUACCUUAGCUCCUAUUAAUAUAAAUAAUGUAAUUAUUUUAAAUGUAAUGAAAACAUUUUCUAUGUGUCAUAGUAUACUUGGGUAUGUUGAUUUUUUUGAAUGUGUAGAUCGCGAUGUCCUACCUACACUAUCUGAGGAACAAAAUUUUAAAAGUGAAACUAAUCAUUAUGAUGAAGAUAUGAUGGGAAAGGUACCCUUACUUGUGGGAAACGAUACCAUUGUCAAUAAUUCUACUGUUUUGGUCGACACGGAUAGCGAAAAUGUAAACAUCAACCAGAUAAGCAUCGAAUGCAUACGAAGUAAACGUAUAAGCAGCGAACGUGUAAGCAGCGAACGUAUAAUAAGUAAACGUAUAAGCAGUGAACAUGUAAUAAGUGAACACAUAUACAAUGAUCAUAUAAAGAAUGAACAAAUAAAUAACUGCAACAAUCCACAUAACAAUCUCCCUGCGUUUGGUGUCAGAUUCCCAUUAAACACGCCCUCAAAAGAUGGUCAACCCCUAAGUAGUUGUUCUUCAGGGGAUAAUUACUAUACCAACAUAGGUUUUGACGAGUAUACCAAAGUAUUAGAAGUUUACUAUGAAAUAAUUGAUUUAUUCUGCUGGUUGCAUACAAAAUUUCCUAAUAUAUAUAAAAAUAUAAAUUUAGUAAACGACGAAAAAAAUAAAGUUUCUACUGAAAUUAUUCACAUGUUAACAAAAUGUUAA